CUCCCAUUCCUCAAUUUCUGCUUUACUUCUUUUGUAUCUCUUGAGUCACCGCAUUUCUAUUACCAGUAAUCUCCCUUUCUGCUCUGUCUUCCUUUUGCAUUUAGUUCUCCUGUUGACCUCUUUGCGUCCCUUUCCUGUUGGUCUGGCGGAAUUUGUAUUUGCAGCUGUGCAGAGAGAUGCUUGUUUAGAGAACCUCCUCUGGGCACUGGUGUUGCCAUUGCACUUUGGUUAUUUUGUAGAUUAGAAAGGAAAGAGACAAGAGUGCAGGCGAAUAUGCCUGCCCGUAGCCACAGAAUUCGCUUGAAGUGCGAAUAGAUGCAUAGUCUGUUAGAACUAAGAACUGGAAGAGGAACCAUGUAGAUCAUUUAGAUCUUGUCUGGUCUUCUUGUUUUGAAGAUGAGAAAACUGAGGCCAAGAUUAGGGAAGUGGCUUCCUCAAAGACAUGCUUCUGAUAAUGAUACUGUGAAAAUGAUUCACUUAAAUGCCUGUUUUAUAGGAUCAGAAUUUCUCUCCUCUUUGAUAAAGCUAGGAAGGAGGCGAAAAGAUAACAUUAAACUAUUGAAAAAAGACCUUAACACAUUUAGUCACGUUUUAUUUUAAGCGUUUGAUGUAUAGUCCCUGCGAGUCUGGUUUCUGUUUGCUUUUAACCCUGGCACGGGCUCCAUGGGUGACAUCACACCUGUUACUUGAAAUCUCACUGGGGUUAGAGCACAUGGAAAGUACCUUUUCCCUAGUAUGUCCCCUCAACCUCACAACGUUAAAAAAGACAGGCACACACGCCCCAUCACCUUUACGUGGAGAGAAGAAAAGGAAAAAAGGAAUAAGAAAUGAUCUUACCACUACUCUACACGAAUGGAUGUAGCAUGAAAAUUCAUAAGGCUAGCUAACGUUUUUGAGUGCUAAGUAUUUAUGUGUCUGUUUUCACAGCAGUCUCUUGAGGUGAGCGCUCUUACUGUCCUUUUUACAGGUGGACACAUUUAGGUGGUGAGAAGUGUGGUCACUUGAGUUGCACGGUUAUACGUAUGGCUAGUGAGGAGUGGUUGAACCCUGGGUGACUCCAGCCAUGGCGCCCCCAGCGAGGCCACCCACACGGCAUGUGCCCUGAGGUGGUAGGUGGUAGGCCACUCGUGCCGGGGCAUGGAUGGAGCCAAGCACAGGUAUGAAAGCACAGGCUAGGGUCGGUCAGGUAUUUGGACAGAAGUGUGGGUGUGUGUAGGGCAAUCACAGAAUACAAGCUAGAGUGGUGGGAUGGGUCCAGAUUUAGACUUCCUGGCUUAUAUGGGAGCCACUGAAGGGUUUCAGAGGGGUGGAGGGUAUGUUAGUUCCCAGCUCAGUCUGUCUCUCUCAGCGGCCCUUCUUCUGUCUCUUGCUCCCUCUCACUUGGUCCUCUUUCCUCCGGCUGGGCUAAUGCACGAGGAGCUGGGGAGCUGCGGGAAUCCAGGAUCGAGGAGGACAUGUAUCGUGCGGCGGAUGAAAUAGAAAAGGAGAAAGAAUUACUUAUACAUGAAAGAGGGUCAUCAGAACCCAGAUUAAGUGUAGCUCCUGAAAUGGAUAUCAUGGACUAUUGCAAAAAAGAAUGGAGGGGAAAUACGCAAAAAGCAACAUGUAUGAAAAAGGGCUACGAGGAGGUGUCUCAGAAAUUCACCUCCAUCAGGCGAGUCCGUGGAGAUAAUUACUGCGCGCUGAGGGCCACGCUCUUCCAGGCCAUGAGCCAGCCGGCCGCGCUGCCCUCCUGGCUGCAGGACCCGGAGCUCACGCUGUUACCAGAAAAACUCAUAAGCAAAUACAGCUGGAUCAAGCAGUGGAAGCUUGGACUGAAGUUUGAGGGGAAGAGCGAGGCCCUGGUUGAUAAAAUUAAGGAGUCCCUCACUUUACUGAGGAAGAAGUGGACAGGCUUGGCUGAACUGAGAACUGCCGAAGCAAGGCAGAUAGCUUGUGAUGAACUGUUCACGAAUGAAGAAGAGGAGUACAGCCUCUAUGAAGCUGUAAAAUUUCUAAUGCUAAACAGAGCCAUCGAACUAUAUGAUGAUAAAGAGAAGGGAAAGGAAGUACCAUUUUUCUCUGUGCUUCUGUUUGCUCGGGAUACGUCAAAUGACCCCGGACAGCUGCUGAGGAACCAUCUCAACCAGGUGGGACACACCGGUGGCCUUGAACAGGUUGAGAUGUUCCUUCUCGCCUACACCGUGCGCCACGCCAUUCAGGUGUACCGGCUCUCCAAGUACAGCACUGAAGAGUUCGUCACCGUCUACCCCACCGACCCCCCCGGGGACUGGCCGGUGGUGACCUUGAUCGCCGAGGAUGAUCGGCACUACAACAUCCCCGUCAGAGUGUGCGAGGAGACGAGUCUGUGAGACACGCUCGGGCGGCCCGGCGACUCGGCCAAGGUGCACCGGCGGCUCCUCGGCUUGGGCCUCGGGCCCGCAGGCCCCUUGGGAUGAGCUCUGAGCACUCUUGGGCCCUGUGAGCCAAGCUGGGCUGGAAUGCUCUGAAGACUAGCUUUUGAUAAUCAGAAUUAAUCAAGUUUUUUCCCUCACCUAUGAUGCAAUAUGUUUCACUGGGGGCCUUCAGAGCACACCUGUUGACAGGUGCAAACUGCAUCUCCAUAAAACAAACACAUUUGUAUCAGCGGAGACUUACUCUGGAGAGGAAAAUACGCUCGGAGCUCUCUCUAGUUGUAAACUGGCUUUCCGUUGUUUUUGAAGAUGGUAAUUUUUUUGUUUUGGUGGUAACGGGUCUCUGCAGUGCCCUUCCUGUGCACCUAUGCAGUCUGCUUACAUGGUAGGGUUCUGGGACAAAGCCUGCCAGUGGCCCAGCCGUAACAUCCUCUCAUAGUCUCAUCGAGCAGUGGUUUGGAUUUACACGUUAAUUAAAGCUGUUCUAAGCAGAUUGUCUAAUGGAAGGUUAGGAACUGGGUCCCCAGUAGUGAGUUAUUUAAAGGCUGGAGGAGGAGCUGCAGGAAGAGGCAGUGGCAGCAGGACGUCCUGGCUCUGAAGAACGUGACAGGCGCCUGCGGUUGGGAACACACCGGGUCUGGUGCUUGGUGCAGGCGCUGGGUGGUUGGCGGGCGAGCGCGGCUUGUCGCUCUCUAGGAUCGGGGCUGUUCCUUAGUCUCCACUUCCAUGGAUUCACCAUUUUAUAGUCAGAACAAGGCUUAGAUCCACCUGCUUUUUUAGAGGAGACCAAGGCCAAAUUAUUAUUUUUUGGAGAAUGCUUCCAUUGCCAAAUCCGUGCAGCUCCUCUGUUGGAUGAAUAACAGCAAAGCGUCUCAGGCUUUUCAUGGGUAAGUUUAAAGAGAGCACGUGCUUAAAACUGACUGCAAAAGCAUGGCUGAGCUGCAUCUGCCCUUUGAUUUGGCUGUGCCUGGGGUAGGCAGUGCUCUGGCCACGAGUGAUUGCGUGUCACAGGCUGGGGUCGUGCCUGGGGGCUGGACAGGGCAGCGCAGCUGAGUGUGGUCUGCAUUAGGGCCCGAAGCAUCCACGUGGGGCGUGUACCGUGGCCACGGCGCAAGGGAUGGGAUGUGUCACUCUUCAGGACUGUGUCAGUGACAUCUGAAUUGGCUCAGUAUUUGUGGACGUGGUGUUACCCUGAAGCACUGAGCUUUAUUUUAUAGUAAGUAAGAUCUUUAUUUGGUCCAAUUUAAGCUUAUAGUUUAUAAGCUAUCUAAUCUUUGGUUUUUUUUUUUUCCUCAGAGGGGCAAACCUUUUGUGAUAGUGUUAGUUUUGCUUUCACAUAAAAAUUAAAAUUCUUGGUUGAGAAAACUCAGAGGACACAUAAAACUAUGCAGACUGUUACAUUAAUAUUGGUAUUUUUCCCAUUACCUCAUCAAUAAUAUUCAUCACGUUUUGGUAGCUACUUGUUCAUUGGAGUGUUUGAAUUAAAUUCUGCUCUAAAUGUG